AUGGACGUGUAUGUCCAGAUCACGGGCCUGGAUUCGGGGAAAACAUGUGGAGUCAAGGCACUGCUUGAUAGUGAUUGUAGCACCUGUUGUAUUGAUACUGACUACGCACAAGCAGAGAGAUUGGACAUCCAAAAGCUUCCACAACUCAUCGUGGCUUGUGACGCUGACAAUACCAAGAACAUCAGCGGUCAAAUCACCCAUUAUUGUCAUAAUUCGACUCUUUUUCAUCUUAUCCUCGACGAUCUCAUCUUAUCUCGACACGGAAUUAUCUUCUCACGGAUCACGGCAUCUGAUGGUCCAGGCUAG